ACAGGCUGCCAACAGGACAGACUGGCAGGUUGUCUUGAAUCUUCAUGAGUAGUGAUGCGAGGGGUGUUCCAGGCCUUCUUCUGUGCUCAAAGAAAUGAGGAUAACCAAGGUGUCAUUGGGCACCUGUACCAAAGGGAUCUUUGUAUCAAGAUGCUCUGAAGAAUAGUAACUACCCUUAGGAAUGUCUAGAGUUACAAAAUGACCAAAACUAAUUCUAGCAUUUUCCAUUUUGCCGUCAUCUGCAUGUUAAUACUUGAGAUCAGAAUCCAAUUAUCUGAUGAAAGUGAAUUUUUAGUUGACAGAUCAAAAACAGGUCUUUUCCAUGUUCCAAAGGACUUAUCCCUGAAAACAACAAUCUUAGAUAUAUCACAAAACUAUAUAUCUGAGCUUCGGACUUCUGAUGUCCUAUCACUAUCAAAGCUGAGGAUUUUGAUAAUUUCUCAUAAUAGCAUCCAGUAUCUUGAUACCAGUAUUUUUAAAUUCAACCAGGAAUUGGAAUACUUGGAUUUGUCCCACAACAAGUUGGGGAACAUUUCUUGCCACCCUACUGUGAACUUCAAGCACUUAGACCUCUCAUUUAAUGCAUUUGAUGUCCUGCCCAUAUGCAAAGAGUUUGGCAACAUGUCUCAACUAGAGUUUCUGGGGUUGAGUGCCACACAGUUACAAAAAUCUAGUGUACUGCCAAUUGCUCAUUUGCAUAUUAGUAAGGUUCUACUGGUCUUAGGAGAUGCUUAUGGAGAAAGAGAAGACCCUGAGAGCCUUCAAGACCUUAACACAGAGAGUCUGCACAUUGUUUUCCCCACAGGAAAGGAAUUCCAUUUUAUUUUGGAUGUGUCAGUCAGCACUGCAGUAAGUCUGGAACUGUCUAAUAUCAAAUGUGUACUAGAGGAUAAUGGAUGUAUUUCUUUCCGAAACGUUAUGUCAAAACUUCAAAAGAACUCUAGGUUAUCAAAUCUUGCUUUAAACAACAUUGACACAACUUGGAACUCUUUUAUUAUGAUCCUCCAGUGGGUUUGGCAUACAAGCAUAGAAUACUUCUCAAUUUCAAAUAUGAAACUACGAGGUCAACUUAAUUCCAGAGAUUUUGAUUAUUCUCACACUUCACUGAAGGCCUUGUCUAUACACCAAGUUGUCAGUGACGUGUUCAAUUUUCCACAAAGUUAUAUCUAUGAAAUCUUUUCAAAUAUGAACAUCCCAAAUUUCACAGUGUCUGGUACACGAAUAGUCCAUAUGGUCUGCCCAUUCCAAAUUAGCCCAUUUCUGUAUUUGGAUUUUUCCAAUAAUCUCUUAACAGACACGGUUUUUAAAAAUUGUGGAAACUUGGCUAAUUUGGAGACACUUAGUUUACAAAUGAAUCAAUUAAAGGAACUUGCAAAUAUUGUUGAUAUGACUAAGGAGAUGAAGUCUCUACAACAAUUGGAUGUUAGCCAGAAUUCUCUAAGAUUUGAUGAAUAUGAAGGAAAUUGUUCUUGGACUAGAAGUUUAUUAAGUUUAAAUAUGUCUUCAAAUAUGCUUACUGACUCUGUUUUCAGAUGUUUACCUCCCAGAGUCAAGGUACUUGAUCUUCACCGUAACAGAAUAAGGAGCAUUCCUAAACCAGUCAUGAAACUAGAAGCUUUGCAAGAACUCAAUGUUGCUUUCAAUUCUCUAGCCCACCUUCCUGGAUGUGGUAUGUUUAACAGUCUCUCUGUACUGAUCAUUGACUAUAAUUCCAUUUCUGACCCUUCAGCUGACUUCUUCCAGAGCUGCCAGAAGAUUACGUCCAUAAGAGCAGGGAAUAAUCCAUUCCAGUGCACAUGUGAGCUAAGAGAAUUUAUCCAAAGUAUAGGGCAAGUAUCAAGUGAAGUGGUAGAGGGUUGGCCUGAGUCCUAUAAGUGUGACUAUCCAGAAAACUAUAAGGGAACCCCACUGAAGGACUUUCAUGUGUCUCAGUUAACCUGCAACACGGCUCUGCUGAUUGUGACCAUUGCAGUCACUGGGCUGGUGUUGGCCAUUACUGUGACUGUCCUCUGUAUCUACUUUGAUCUGCCCUGGUACCUCAGGAUGGUGUGUCAGUGGACUCAGACCCGGCGCAGGGCUAGGAACAUACCCUUAGAAGAACUCCAAAGAACUCUCCAGUUCCAUGCUUUUAUUUCAUACAGUGAACAUGAUUCUGCCUGGGUAAAAGGUGAAUUAAUACCAAACCUAGAAAAAGAAGAUAUACGGAUUUGUCUCCAUGAGAGAAACUUUGUUCCUGGCAAGAGCAUUGUGGAAAAUAUCGUAAACUGCAUAGAGAGAAGCUACAAGUCCAUCUUUAUCUUGUCUCCCAACUUUGUCCAGAGCGAGUGGUGUCAUUAUGAACUCUACUUUGCCCAUCACAAUCUCUUUCAUGAAGGAUCAAGUAACUUAAUCCUGAUCUUGCUAGAAACCAUUCCACAGUAUUCCAUUCCUGGCAGCUAUCACAAACUCAAAACUCUCAUGGCACAGCGGACUUAUUUGGAAUGGCCCAAAGAGAAGAGCAAACAUGGACUCUUUUGGGCUAACCUAAGGGCAUCCAUUAAUGUUAAGUUGAUGGAGAAAUGAAAAGAAACAGAUCACACAUAGAUCUAAAAAUAUUCCUCUGCUGCUUUUGGAAAAAUGUUGCUGCUUUUGGAAGUUCCAGCAAUGACUAUGUUUUGCAUCAACAUGAAUCUAACACAGUUUUGAAUUUAUGAUGUAGAUAAAAAUGUGUACUUUCAAACCCCAAUUCAUCAUUUAUAUGUGGUAAUAAAAUUUAAAGAAAUGACAUAACUUUUAUUUAAAUAA